AUGGAUAAGUUGCCGGUAGAGAUUCUAUCCAAAAUCAUCGACUACCUCGCUCCACGAGAAAAGGUCCAACUUCAAUGCGUCUCAAAAAAGUUUUUUGAACUCGCCCGUGAUAAUAAUCAAUGGAAAUUGCACUGUUAUGACCAGUCAUGGGCUGCUCGGCAGGCUGCCCGUUCCGCUGCCAGGCCUUCGGAGAGUCUGAUUGCCGACGCGACUGUUUCACUAACGACCCUAGGGCAUGAAUCGCUGCGCGAUAUCAUUCAGCCUUCUGCCCCGCCUGCAAACGCAGACUCUGACUAUACCCAGGGGGUUUCUGCGAGUGAGAGAGCGAGGGCAGCGGCGGAAUGGGACUCGUCAGCUGAGGGGGAGCAUGUGGACUGGUAUUCGGAAUAUAUUGCUCGCCACGGCCCCAUAUCUUUAUCGUGGGUCGAAGAGCCGUCGGUCCGGGGUGAAGGAAAACGAGGGCAGUCUCAUGAGGUCAAAGGAAUGGGGCUGCUCAAAGACUGGAGCUCAGCCAGGCAGAACAAGAUCAUUGCCCCCCUUGAAGAUGGCAGCGUCUGCAUCUGGGAUCUGAAUCACUCCCACUCAGCUGACUCCCAGUUAAGUAAAGGCAAAAUCCUUGGGGUUAGUGAACCCGGGAUUCUCAUGACCAACCUGUCUGGUCGUCGGGACCAUUCUCCCUCCAAGUCUUCAUUGGAGUUUAUCAAUCUGGGCGAGGGGGUGAGCGUGGAUUCUCUGCGACAAAGAGCGUACCUGGCAGUUGGGAAUGUUCUUAAUGAAGUUGACCUGGAGACAUUGAGAGUAAUUUCGCAGCAGCGUUAUCCCUGGUCGAUCUUCGCCCUUUCCCAGGAGACGGAUUACUCGGUGCCAUUGACAUUAGCCACUACGCUCAGUCUGCAGAUCUAUGAUUCCAGGCUGUCGGCCGUCGAGGAAGAAGAGGCAAUCAGUUUGCGGUGCGAGCAGGUAGCCAAACCAUAUGCCUCAGAACUGGGCGUCUUUGCGCACUCUGACUCGCCCUUGUUCCAACUCCGAUCUAAUGGACAGCCACCUACUCGUAUACGCAGUCCUGAUCCCUCAGAAAAAGGAGCCAAUUACGCCCCGCUCUUCCAACCCGGCCCUCUGUCCAUCCUGCAUCCGCCAGCACCUCAUGUGAAUACAAUUCUCCUUGCAGGCCGUUUCCCCAGCAUCCUAUGCUAUGACCGCCGCUACUUCCCUCGGCUACAGACGACAGUCCAUUCCGGCGGCCGACUGUGUGGGCUUGCGUCGGUACCAGCGCCUCGAUUCCCCAUCUUCUCAGAUUCCACCUACCCUGAGUCACAUUCUGUCGUUGCAUGUGGAGACUAUAACGGACGAGGCUCGCUGGAACUCUAUAACCUCAAAUCAGCCACGGAAGAAGACCACAGCCCCUCGAACGUGACGUCCACCCUCACCCCGGAAUACAAGAACCGCCAAAGCGCCGCCAGUUCCAAAUUACUUUCCGUGGAAUCGCAUGGCAAUCGCAUUGUCUUUUCCGACGCCGAGGGGAAUAUUAAGUGGACCGAGCGAAACGGUCGUUCAGAAGUCCGACGGUGGAAUAUCAAUACCUCCCAGCCUCAGAUCCCAUUCGGUCACCGCGGCCGACAGCCAACCCCGAAAACAGAAGAAGACCAGCAGCCGCGUGGGCUCUGGCCUUCCCAAUCACCGGGAAAUAACGAGGUAGCCCGUAAGAUUCUUCCUACUGGUGGAAAUCUUACUGGAGAUGAGCUCCUUAUCUGGACGGGAGAGCGCAUUGGCCGGCUCAAGUUUUCCAUUCCUGCGGAUUAUAACAUGGAGGUCGAUGAUGGAGAAGUUGACGAUGAUGUGUUCAUGCACGCGGAGGUCGAUGAAGCUACACGCGAAGAGAUGCGGCAUAGACGACGUGAUGAUUGGGAGAGAGAGCGAUAUGGGGAUUACAUGCGCCGCGCGCUUGAGAGGCAGGCGGAUGAGGUUCGCUGGAUGGGGAGUCAAGGGCUUGGCUGA